AUGGGCCGGUCCCGCCGCAGCGGGCGGCAACGUCAAUUACGGCGCCUGGUCAGAUCACACCACCAGGCGCGGGUGUUUGACCCGCGGGUUUUCGAGGUGUAUCCCCGUGCCGCCCCAGUACCCGAACCCCGGGAGAAACAACACCCGCCACCACCUCCUCAGUACCCUCAGCCUCCCCCUCAGAAGCCUCCUCCCCCGUACCCUCACCCCCCUCAGAAGCUUCCUCCCCCGCGUACCGGGAACCUCCACGCACCUCCUGUCCGCCCACCCCCGCCUACCUCCGGCGAGCACUACCCUCAGCGGGUGUGGAGGCCGCGGCCUCCUAUUACCCCUCCGGCACGGGCACCUCUGGCCGCGAUCCCCGGUCCAGCACCUUCCCUCGCUGCAAGGGAAUCGCCGAUGAUCGCCCGGCCAGCCACUGCCCUCCCGCGAGUCAUCUCGGACGUCCCCCUCCUGCGGAGGGUUAAGAUUGUCCGCCCUCACGUCGCCACCCCCAAACAGAGGCGAAAUAUGCCUCUGCUAUAG